CGAAUUGGUUUUAGCAGCACAGGAAGAGGAGCAGCCGAGAGAGCAAGAGCAGCAAUCAUGGAUUUUGCUCAUCUCACAGAGGCCUUGGCCUCAAAGUCUUAUGAGAAGAUCGCUGAUAUCUGCGACGACCUCAUGCUUCAGGCUGCCGCUGAGGGCAUUGCUUUUCAGGACGAAUGGCCUUACGCAAUCCACAUUCUCGGCCACCUUUACGUUGACGAUAUUAAUAGUGCCCGAUUUCUCUGGAAAGCAGUACCUUCUACUGUAAGAGAGAGCCGACCAGAAUUGGUUGCAGUUUGGAAAAUUGGCCAGAAGCUAUGGACUAGGGAUUAUGGUGGUGUGUAUGGGGCUAUUCAUGGAUUUGAUUGGUCUCAAGAAGUUCAAGGUUUAUUAGUUGCAUUUUCAGAUCUUUACAGAAGGAGAAUGUUUCAGCUGCUGGUGUCCGCUUAUUCUACAUUAAGCAUCCAUGACACGGCUCACUUCUUGGGAAUGAGUGAGGAAGAAGCCAAAAACUAUGUAACACAAGAAGGAUGGAUUGUUGAUCUUGCUUCUCAAAUGCUCACUGUGAAGAAGCAACAAAUUGUGUCAGAGCAGAAGUUAGAUUCCAGUAAAUUGCAGCGGUUGACCGAAUAUGUCUUCCAUCUUGAACAUUGAGAGCAUAAAUGCUUUAGUACUCAGGUAUUCUAUGUUCUUUAGAGCUAGCAGUGCUUUGUGGAUAUUCUUAUUCUUUUCUUUGGAAGACUUGGUACCCCCCAACUGUGAACGGUUAUAUUUCAGAAUUUGAGAUUGUUUACUUUUGUAUAGUUUUUAACCUUAGCAAGACCUUUCUUUGGGGGUCAUCUAUUUGGUUCCACAACCAAUCUUUUUGGGGCACCGUUUGCUAAUGUUCCCUUGGCUUAUAUUCUAGAGACUCUUACUCUUUUGCUUGUAAAUGAAUUUCACAUUAAUCAGGUUUCUUUGAUGUU